CGGCACUUUUGCUCCACACUCAGAGGACAAUGCCGACUCACUCAUUGCUGCCAUUUGUGGAGAGCCCCGAUGGACUUGCCCAGGACAUUCUAAAAAAUAGCAGUGCAAGCAUUCCAAUGCCUGUGUCUAGCAUGACACCACACAACAACUACAUAGACAAGGGUGUCUCUGGAGGUGUGUCGCUAUCCUGUAUGUUCUGUGAUCAAGCUUUUUCUCACCAAGAUGAGCUAGGACCUCAUGUUUUAACUGAGCAUCCUACGACUUUCUAUGAGCCAGCUGUGCUUCGAGUUGAAGCAGAAUUCAGAAUCCCAGGAGAGAGACCUCGGCCAAAACCGUGCAGUCUACCCAGUGAAAAAGAUGAGGUUCACAGCUGCAUUGUAUGUGGUCAGGUAUCACAAGAUGCUAGUGAGCUGGAGACCCACAUGAGGAAACACAAGGAUUACUUUACUUACUGUUGCAAUGUUUGUGGACGGCGGUUUAGAGAGCCGUGGUUCCUCAAGAACCACAUGAAGAUGCAUGUAAAAUCAAAAAAUAAGGCACAGCAAGAGUUAGAGACCCCAGUCACAAUCAAUGGCAUUACCCAAGAGUAUGCUUCACAGUCUGUAGUCACUGUUUACAAAAUGUGCAUGGUAUGUGGGUUUUUCUUCCCUGACUAUGACAGUUUAGCUGAGCAUAGUAAAGUGCAUAAUCGAGAGGUAGAACCAGACAAAGAGAACAUGCAUGCCACUCCUGAAUCUACAAGCAAACAGGAAGCCUUCCUUCAAAGUAUGAAUCUUGUUCCUUGUUCUGCAAUAAAUAGUCUACAACAGGAAAUAUCAUCAAAAUGGAUUCCCCAGCUAGAUCCCUUUAACACUUAUCAGGCCUGGCAACUUGCUACAAAGGGCAAAAUAGCAGUUGGUCCGAGUAAUACUAAAGAUAUCGGCCAGGAAGCCAGCACGGACAAUGAAGACUGCAAUUCUGAUAAGGAGGAGGGUCAAGGCGACAAGGUUGCAAAAGAGUCUCUUAGGAAAGAGCAACAGUCUCAGCAGCAGGCUGGAGUGGAAAACCCCAAACUACAGCGGAGAUCCCUAAUGCAAAAAGUUAAUGACAAAGAGAGGCCGACCACUUGUGAGGAGUGUCAGAGAACCUUCAGGACAUACCACCAGUUAGUUCUCCAUUCCAGGGUGCACAAGCGCGAGAGAGGCGGUGAAGAGAGUCCAACUUCUUCUGUCGAAGGAAAGUUGUCGAGAGCUGGUUCAAUGGAGAAUGCAGAGGAAGGAUCUGAGGAGGGCUUUGAUGAGGCAGCACUGACUGACAACCUGGGUUCAGGUGAAGAUGGUUCUGAUCGAUCGAAAGGAAGGUCAAAAGAAUGCAGCUUCUGUGGCAAAUCAUUUAGAUCCAGCUAUUACCUCACCGUUCAUCUGAGGACUCACACAGGUGAAAAACCAUACAAGUGUGCAUAUUGCGACUAUGCUGCUGCCCAGAAAACAUCAUUGAAAUAUCACCUGGAUCGUCGCCACAAGGACAAACCUUAUGUUGACAUCCCUAGCAAACCCAUGCCUUCAAUGCCUUCCCCUAAUGAUGGAAAACAUGCACAUGACAAUGAGAAUCCCAUCUCAAAGACAACACUUUGGGUUCCUGGAGUCCGUUCUUGUACCACUGGAAUGCCAGAGAAUAGCAUAGAUAGCAAGCCUGGCAAACCACUCAUUCAGAUGUAUGAGAAAAUCAUUGCUAAGUCUGCUAGCUCCUCACCUACAGAGGCGCUCACAAAGUUCCCCACACCUGUUAAUCUGAAGAUGGAAACCGAGAACAUAAAAGAAGAAAACUCAGAGGGCCCUUUAAAUUUGUCCUUAAAAGUGUCUCUCUCCAUUGGUGUUGGUGCAGAUCCUGGAAAUGAACUAAUCCCAAUUGCCUGUUCGUUUUGUGCAUAUACAACCAUGUACCCAGAGGUUCUGAUAAUGCACAAAAAGCUGUCUCAUAAAGACAAGUGCAACAGUACAAAAAGGAAUAGUUUUGGGUGUGGUUUGAAACAAAGGCGUUACACAGGAUGCCCCCCUGCACUUGAAGGGAAAGAUGUAACCCCUCUUUCAGUGAUUGACAGGCGUCAUCCUCGUCGAACCAAAUCCCCACCCCCUCAAACAGCAAAACCUCAGGACAAGACGUCUGUUAACCCACCUCAAGGUUCUAAACCAUCUCUGGUCCAUGCCCCUCCGCAUGAUGUUGUCCAAGAAACCCAGUCCAAUAGACAGAACAUUGAUUUCGGGGCCAGACAGGAAUCAUCCAGGUAUACAGCAGUUGUAAGGAAACCGCACACAGGAACCAAAUAUGUAAUGGACCGAUCAGGCCUCCCAGACAGACUGGGAAUAGACGAAAGGAGUUAUCCAGUUAGAAGUGGUGUCAUUUGGCACUCCGAUGCUGCCAGAAUGUGCCUGUCAAGCCAAUUUGGUAGCCUACCCCAGAUGGAUUUUGGUGAAUCUUCCAGCAAAAGAUUGAAGUACAUGGCACCUACAGGCCGGGAAGCUGAGACCAGUGAGCAACCUGGAUUUAGAAGACCAGCUGGGGGUGGAUCCAGCAGGUUGAUAAUGUCGGGCAAAAGUGUCAAACCCACAUCACAAGGCCCAGGUCCAUCCACUGUCUCUGAGGCUUUGGCUCCUGUAAAGAAUACAUCAACGGUUAUUGGAGGCGGUUUGGACACUGACUGGAGUAUGAUGAACCUUUUGCAUUCCUACACACCCAAUGACCUGGUGUCACUCUAUCAUAGUACAUCAACUAACUCCAGUCAUGGAGGACUGGCCAACCCCAGAGCAGGAGGCAGAACUGUGCUGUACCAACACUUACCCACUUUGCCCAGCCUGCCAAGGAGAGAGCCCUCAGCUUUUUCUAAUCACUGCUAUAGAAGCGCUGACAAAACUACCUAAAAAAAAAAUUCAUAUAAACAUGGUAAGAGGUUUUUUGGGGGGGGUUUGAAGUCCUAUUUUUUCCCCUCUAUAUAUUGAACCGCUGCUACCUUAUUUUGGAGACAAUGUCCAUUGUACUGAUUAGAGAGUGAGAUGUUUUGUGAUCAGAAUGUGUCUUCUCUAAUGUAGUUUGUUUUCCGAUUUGAAGAUCAUCAUUUUUCUUUUUUUCUGUUUUUGAAUGAAUAAAAAAAGUGCAGAUCAUCACUCUCUGAAGUUAGUAUUCCACUAUGAUAUCUUUCCAUUCAGAACUGGUACUGAAACCAUGAUGGACCCACUAAUGUUUCAAUACCUGCAGGUGUCUGUGACACAAUAGUAAAUAUAAUUUGUGGGAAAAUGCAAAUAUGUCUGUAAGCUUUUAGUACAAAAAGCUGUAUUAAGUGUAAACCUAAGAAUAAUUUGUGUGAAAUGCUGCUGCUCUGUCAACUAACCUCUGAUGUGCAGGCAGUAAUUAUGCACUAUUUGUUUUCUCCUCCAAAACACUGAGUGGGGAAUUGUCAAAUGGCUUGAUUGUUUGGCCCAGUGGCUCACAAAUACACCAGAGUAAGGAGCGCUGUGUUGGUUGGCGGGGUCUACCUCAUGUUGUGGUCUAGACUUUAUUUUUGUAAAGCUGCUGUAGUAUCAUGUCAGCUGAAAUAUGACACCUAGUGGUCUUAUUUAUUAGAAAUGGAUGUUUUGUAGGACUAGACAGACAUGUUUGUCAUAAAACACAAGCUUAUCUAGUCCCACAACGUCUGAGGCCAUUUUGACCAGUGACACACAAUUAACUGUACCAUGGUUUGUAUUGUGUUUCUUUGAUUUACUUGGUUUUUACAAGCCCAGUUUAAAACACAGAACAGAUUUCCUGAUUACUUGUCCUCUUGAAAUGGAUAAAUGGCGUUAGUCUCAAAUCCAUAGGUUAUAAAAUGCUGUAAAGUUUCUAAAGUGCUGUUUGUGUGCUAAAUGGGCUGACUGUAUUAUUUGGACAGAUCUAGUCACUACCGAGGAAUUAGUCCAAGCAUAUUCUUGAAAGUGUUUUUGUUUCAAGUGGCAGCAGUCGUUCUAGACUGUCAUUAAGUGGCCUUUUUGUGACCGGCGUAAGAUAAAAAUACAAAGGCAGCUCAAUUAAUUUUACACUGAACAAAAACAAGUCUCAGGUUCACUCGUAUUUAUAAGCAGUGAGGCAUAGGUUUUGUAUUUUUGCCAGUUCUGGUUAAGUUAUUUGUCGUCUUGACAUUAUGUGUGCUCAUAUAAAAAUUACAAAAUUGUUUGAGAUUUGUAUGACACAUUUCAUUAAUAAAGUGAGAGGGGAGUAA